AAACGUCACGAAGACGUUUCGACAUUUGUAUCUCUUCCUACUAUAAAUAUCAGGAGACGGGCACACGUUACGAUGGCCGCCAUUAGAGUAGCUUCAACUUCCCUCACUCUACUCGCUUCUACUUCCAGUUCCUCUUCUUGUUACUAUCAUUCUUGUCCCUCGAUUUUCACGAAAUUUCGAUUCGGCCCCAUCUGGGCUGUUUCUUUGACCUUCCCACCCCUCUCUUCCAGAAGAGCAAAGCGAAUGGCUCACUCCAUUGCUCGAGCCACUCUCGGCCUCACUCAACCCAACAAGAUCGACCCACCAAAGGUCUCGUUUGCUGCGAAAGAGAUUGAUCUGGGCGAAUGGAAAGGAGACAUACUUGCUGUUGGCGUCACAGAAAAGGACUUGGCGAAAGAUGAGAAUUCGAAGUUUAAGAAUGUAGUUCUUCAAAAGCUAGAUUCGAAGUUAGGUGGAUUAUUGUCUGAAGCCUCUUCUGAGGAGGACUUUACAGGAAAGGCUGGACAAUCGACAUUUCUUAGGCUUCCUGGUCUUGGCUCAAAGAGAGUUGGUUUAAUUGGGCUUGGAUCAGCUGCAUCAGCAACUGUGACGUACCGCAAUCUUGGUGAGGCUGUUGCUGCGGCAGCUAAGUCGACUCAGGCAAGUAAUGUUGCCAUCACACUUGCUUCUUCUGAAGGAAUCCCUGCAGAGUUGAAGCCGAGUACUGCUUCAGCAAUAGCUUCUGGAGCUGUGUUGGGGACUUUUGAUGAUAAUAGGUUCAAGUCAGAAUCAAAACAGCCAUCUCUCAAAUCGGUGGAAAUUCUUGGUCUUGGUACUGGACCUGAGAUAGAGAAAAAACUCAAAUAUGCACAAGAUGUUUGUUCUGGGAUCAUCUUUGGGAAAGAGCUUGUAAAUGCUCCAGCUAAUGUGCUCACUCCUGGAGCACUUGCGAGUGAGGCCCAAAAGAUUGCUUCAGAGUAUAGUGAUGUAUUUUCUGCAAAAAUAUUGGAUGUAGAACAGUGCAAAGAACUGAAGAUGGGCUCCUAUUUGGGUGUAGCUGCAGCUUCUGCCAAUCCUCCUCAUUUUAUCCAUUUAUGUUACAAGCCUCCCAGUGGAGAAGUCAAAACCAAGCUGGCCUUAGUUGGAAAAGGAUUGACUUUUGACAGUGGUGGCUACAAUAUCAAGACGGGACCGGGUUGUUCUAUUGAACUCAUGAAAUUUGAUAUGGGAGGCUCAGCAGCAGUACUGGGUGCAGCAAAAGCUCUUGGCCAAAUCAAGCCUGCAGGCGUCGAGGUUCACUUCAUUGUUGCAGCUUGUGAGAAUAUGAUAAGUGGAACUGGUAUGAGACCUGGGGACAUUGUUACAGCUUCAAAUGGAAAGACGAUUGAGGUAAACAAUACGGAUGCUGAAGGCAGACUUACACUUGCAGAUGCUUUGGUGUAUGCUUGUAAUCAAGGUGUAGAGAAGAUUGUGGACCUGGCGACACUAACGGGGGCCUGUGUUGUUGCUCUUGGACCCUCUAUCGGUGGGGUUUUCACACCCAGUGAUGACCUGGCAAAAGAGGUACUUGGAGCCUCGGAGGUGAGUGGGGAAAAGCUCUGGAGGAUGCCGUUGGAGGAAAGUUACUGGGACUCGAUGAAAUCGGGAGUAGCUGAUAUGGUGAAUACAGGUGGUCGUCAAGGUGGUGCCAUCACGGCCGCUCUUUUCUUGAAGCAGUUUGUCGACGAGAAGGUCCAGUGGAUGCACAUUGACAUCGCUGGCCCCGUAUGGAACGACAAGAAGAAGAAUGCAACGGGAUUUGGUAUUUCUACACUGGUCGAGUGGGUCUUAAAGAACUCUUCUUGAUUCCAGUUUCGUUACUGUGCUCCUAAAGGGGGAAGAUACCGAUACGAGAGGUAAAACUCGAAGUAAGAAUUAGAACUUCUUGGCUGAACAUGUCUGUCUACCUAUUUCAUGAAAGCUGCAGGUUGGGGGAAAAGAAUUGUUUGUGGGAUUGUACAACUCUUUAUUUUGCUCCUUGAAAUAUGGAACUGUUCAUUUAGUCUUUCUAUGUUCUCCCUUGCAUAUUUGGUCAGUAUAUUGCUUCCUCCUAAUGUGGAGUCAGAAUGGAGUUGGCUUGUGUUUUUGUGACAAAAUUGGAUGAUCUGAAGCAAUAUUGUUUUUUCUUUUAAAA